AUGGCGGUGCGGGGUGUUCCGCUGAGCACAGUGAGUAGAAAAUAAUAUUUUUCUCUUUUAUUUCAGCUGUUCAGUGGUGUCAAGAGUAACAGACACAAAACAGCUUUUAAUAUGAAUUGUAGUGUUGAAUUUAAUGCACUGGUAUUGUUUUAAAAUUAUGUUAAGUGAAUAGUCUGUAGAGCAGUGAGGUUGCUUUUAAAUUGAAACGGAAACAGCGGUUAAGAAACACAACUCUGCUCACUGCUGCUCUGUUUUCUGGGUCUGCAGACCAAACUUUAAGAUGUUUGUUUCAUUUUACGUCUGAAAUACUGUUUACAGAUGAGCAGCUAGUUGGUUGUAUUGCUCUAAAGUCAUGUUUAUUUCCCCAAGAUAAACAGAUACAAAAAAAAAAAUAAAAAAUAAAAAAACAUUUGCAGUAAGUGUUAAUGCAAACUGACAAGUUUUUACUGUCAUUAUUUAUUAUAUCUAUGUCUUACCCUUACUCAAUAAAGGUUAAACUCACUGAUUUUGUAAAGGUUUUAUUUUUUUCAUGAAAAAAUAUUAUUAUUAUUAUUAUUAUUAUUUUCAUAUGAAUGGAUGGUUUUACACAACUUGUAAACAUAGUAAAACCUCACUUUAAAUGUAUUAAAUAUAUGUCUUUGGCCUUAUUGCCAUUUUAUUUCAGUGUAAUACUUCAGGGUUGAGUCAGUGGGAUAGCAUUGUAUUUUCAAAGCAGAGCAACAUUUUACUUCGACUGUAAUUCAUUUGUUUUUCUUAUUAAUUAAGUGAUAAAUCAAGUUUGCAGUAAACUAUACGUAGGAGCCGACUUUGAGUACUUAUUCCUAUCCUGCCUUAUGUCCCUUUUCAUCUGACCCUUGGGCGGGAUGUAUCUUCCAAACCCCCUCCUCAGAAAUAAACAAUCGUCUUUGGUGCUAGUUUUGUAUUGCCCAUGAUGCUUUCUGAGCAUCUGCAGAGACCUUUGUUCUUAGCCCUUUGCUUCCUGUAAACCUGAAUAUACUUUUGAUUUGAGCUCACUCAAGCCACCUCACUGUGGCCAUUUCCGUUCAUGACACAGUGAAUAAAACAUACAAGAACAAAAGUUGAAGGUUCUUUAAUGUCACAUGUAACUGCACCAAGUUCAGUUCAGAUUUGCCUGUCUCCUGAAACUGAUUUGCCCAGCUCAACUCGCUGCAUGAAGUAGUCAUGACAGCUUAAUUGGACCUAUACAAUUUGCUUCUUGACAGUCUCUUUCUACCCGCUUUUCUAUCAAAUGUCAAAUGAAUAAUGUAGGGUCAUUUUGCCGUGCUGACUCAGGCAAACCAAAUGUAAAAUGUCUAUACUCUAAAACAGGCUUAAGUAUGCAGAUUUCUCCACAAUCGUUCUAUACCCACUGGUGCUGACUUCUACCAGAUGAAGUGGUGCUUGUCCUGACAUGCAUUAAUACAUGAUAACAAGAGCCAAUAUAACUGAUGUGUACUUUUUAAUUUGCUCUCCUUGCAGCUUUGCCCGAAGUUUCUUCAUACCAAUUCAACCAGCCACACCUGGCCCUUCAGCGCCAUAGCUGAGUUAAUAGGUGUGUCAUUAACUGCCACGUUUACUUUCAGUUUCAUUUCUUACUUAAGUUUCUUUUCUAGAGAAAGAGAUCCAUGGUUUUGGAUGAGCAUCUAAGCCGGAUGUGGUACAGCCGUGCUGGAAUUCAGUACAACAGCUCAACUUAGACUAUGAUACAGCUUUGACAACAAUUAUUUUACUGGCAGCAUGUGUUAGUAAAAAAAUAUGCGGCAGGUAUUCAUUUUUGUUGAAUUAAUCAUCCUGGCCAGCAGAGCCCAUUACUUCUGGAAGUGAUUGUGACUCAUAUCUCAAAUUCAAAAGCAUUAGCAGAAAUGCUUUUUCAUUUCAAAGUCAUGGCUGCACUAUUUGACUCAAAAAUAAAAAUAAAAAGCAAUAUUCCAAAGUGCGAUUUCAUUUUCUUCUUUAAGACUGCUCAUUUUGUGACCAAAUUAAAAAGCAAAAGCAAAACACAUUUAACAUUUAAUUUUCAAAACAUUCACCAACAAAAAGGUAACAAAAUUUAAUUUGAAAUGUCAAAUUCGAAAAUUCAAAAGCAUUAGCAGAAAUGCAUUUUCAUUUUCUUCUUUAAGACUGCUCAUUCUGUGACUAAAUUAAAAAGAAAAAACAAACUUAGAAAUGCUUUUUUGUUUUCGUGCUCGUGCCCCGCAAAAAGUGUCUCAUAAUUCAAUCUGAGUUAGCAAUCUCAAGUGGCGCCGGAAAGUGACGUCACGGACCCCACUCGUUCUGGCCCCUUCUGGCCGAUAGGGGGCAGUGUAUCAUUCGUUCAAUUGAUAUUCAAUCAAGAAUCAAAAAACAAAACAUUGAAAAAUUGUUCAUUUUUCCCUUUUUGAAAUGAAAACAAAUAAAUGAAAAUUCGCUCGUUUUCCAUUAUUCCGUCAGUUAACAUAGAUCAAAUAAACAGAAGUUGAAUUACGGGCCACAGGCUGAUUUUGUUUUUAUUAUUAUUAUAUAUUCUCAUUUAUUGAGAUGGGAUACUUGAAAACAUUGUGCAACAGAAGCUUGCAGAUGGCUUUGAAAUUAGAAUAUUUUUAGUCCACUGAAGAUAAAAUGUGGAGAGUCCACGUCUCCAUGCUGUAAGUGAGUGAGUAAAAGGACCAGCACACCUGACACACCGCAGACAUCUGCAUACAGUCACAGGUUAACAUGGACAGAGACUGCAGUGACUCUGCCUCUGUGCCAUGUAUUAUUUUUUUAAUUAUGAGACACUUUUUGCGGGGCGAGCACGAAAACGAAAAAGCAUUUCUGAGUUUGUUUUUUCUUUUUAAUUCAGUCACAAAAUGAGCAAAAUGAAAAUGCAUUCGGAAUAUUGCUUUUGAAUUUUUGAAUUUGACAUCUCAAAUUGAAUUUUGUUACUUUUUUCUUGGAGAAUGUUUUGAAAAUUUAAUGUUAAAUGUGUUUUGCUUUUUCUUUUUAAUUUAGUCACUGAAUGAGCAGUCUUGAAGAAGAAAAUGAAAUUGCAUUUUGGAAUAAUGCUUUUUAUUUUUAUUAAUCAAAUAGUGCAGCCAUGACUUUGAAAUGAAAAAGCAUUCCUGCUAAUGCUUUUGAAUUUGAGAUAUGAGUCACAAUCACUUCCAUAGUUACUAACUAGAGUGUUGCUAAGACACAGAGACAUUUUCUUGCACUCUUGCUAGAUCAUCUUUUUUGUUCAAUAAGUUAAACCACUGACAUAAGUCUUCUGACAACUUUUUCUGUGCCACGUGUGCUUCAGAGGUACAAGUUAAACCAGUCUAGAUGUAGACUUUAAACUAGUUAUAGUCUUACCAUUUAGAUCAGAUGCCCUUAUUCUGAAUCCUAGAUUCAAAGUGAUGCAUAUAGUUAAAAGUCCCAGUACUGCGACACUCUCUGUCAGCCCUCACUGAGUGUUUCUCCAGUCAGGUUAUUAUCUGAGGUCAUUUGCUUUUCUACUUUCUUACAUAAAGAGCUUUCUUAGAGGAUGAAACUUGUACAUCUUGCUAAAUUCAUCCCAAGUUGCAAGCUUCUUAGUUCAGUGUAAGCGAUAUUUCAGAGCUAUAAACAGUUGAGGGUGAGAUUUCUCUGCCAACUAUACAAACUGGUUCUUUUGACAGACAAUGCCGUUGAUCCAGACGUCAACGCCAAACACUUUUGGAUUGACAAAACUGUGGUCGAAGGAAAAGAGUGCCUCAUCUUUAUGGAUAGUGGAAAUGGACUGAACAAUGAGACUAUGCAUAAAAUGCUCAGGUUUGGACACUCACUCUGAAGGACACAAGUAUCUAAAAUUCUGUGUCAUCUACAGUUUUUGUCUGUUUAAAGUCACUGCCAUUUGAUGCUAAUAGUGCAAUGUCAUUGCUGCCAUACAUUAUUGUAACAGCUACCUAAACCCUGCAAAACAAAAGCUGUAAAUGCUCUUUAAUUAAGAAGUGAUUUUACUUAAAGUGAUAAUGAAUGUGCGUGAGCAGUUGUGUGAUUCCCAUGAUUGUUUGUGUUUCCUCUCCAAGCUUUGGCUACAGCGACAAGACUACCAUUAAGGGUAUAAAGCCAAUCGGUAUGUACGGCAAUGGGUUCAAGUCUGGAGCUAUGCGUCUUGGGAAAGAUGCCAUCGUCUUUUCCAAGUCAAAGAGUUCUUCCUGCGUUGGGAUGCUCUCUCAGACCUACCUGCAAACCAUCAAAGCUGAGCAGAUAGUCGUCCCUAUUGUCUGCUUUGAACAGAGUGAAGAAGGCCAUAAUAUCCUUCAGUACUAAAGUGUAUGGUUGAUGAAGCACCUUUUCUCUCAGUCUGAAACCCAAAUGUGGGAUGUUUUAAAAAUUUGAAGUCAUCCUUAACUUCAUCUUCACUCAGUGUCAGGGACGAGCAGCAAGCCAGUCUGAGGGACAUCCUGACUCAUUCCCCGUACAAGACAGAGGCAGAGCUGCUUGUCGAGAUAGAGGCCAUCAGUUCCCCCUGGUCCACAAGCAAAACUGGCACACGGGUAGUUAUCUGGAAUCUCCGAAGGUUCGUGUGUAGCCCCUACACACACACACACACAUACAGAGUUGACUUCUUCUUUGCUGUCAAGGAAUAAUUAUAGACUGAUCAAAUAAACACAUCAGCAGCCUGUGAUUGCAAACGGUUAAGUAUCGUGCCACACAGAUUUUCAGACUCACUUCAUUCUUGAAACCAGAAUAAUCAGAAUCAUAAAACUAUUUGACCUCAACAAAUAUAAAACUGAGAGGUUCACAAAAGAGUAAUAAACAGCUAUGUGUUGUGACUGAAAGCCCUCAUGAGGAUGUCAAACAGAUUUGAAAAAGACAGCUGGUUGUUUAAAAAACAGAAAUUCUGUUUUUGGUUACAUGCUUGUCGCUUCAAAAGGUGUCAAUGUGUCACCUUAAAGUUACAUUCAUUCAUACUAACAGUAACACUGCAGAGUCUGCACCAACACAAGACCAUGAACAAAUCCAUCACUAAGUCCUGUUGAUUGAUUUUAUACUUUAUACUUAAACACUUUUUUGAGUUUUUUUCUGCUUAAUUUUCAUUUAGAGUGUCCAGUGUUAGCCUUGUUGAUCCAUUCACUUACACUUUUACUUUCUCAAACAGGACCUCUGAAGAUAAAUCAGAGUUUGAUUUUGAGGUGGACCGUUACGAUAUCCGAAUCCCAACUGAAGUCUACGAGUCUAUGAAUGAAAAGGAUCCACUGCCAGGCAGGGCUGCAUCCCACGUCCCUGCGAGUUGUUACUCUCUCCGGGUGAGGAACAGUGUUUUUUCUCCUUUGUACCUUUGUAUAAUUGUCUAACUUCAACCCCUUUUUUUAGUGAAAUUUAAAGUGAUGCCAUUUAUAAAUAAUGUAGGAAAUCUCAGAAGGUAUCAGCUAUUAUAUCAUACAACAGUAUCACCUCUGACUUUCUUUUCUGCCCAGUGAAUGUUUACAGCCUAUUUGGCAGAAUGUACGCUGUUGUGGAAAAUCAAUCUAUAUUCAGUAAAACAAUGCUCAGGAGACAGGAUGAGAUCUGAAGAGCAGCCCGGGCAUCUUUAUUGUACAAUCAGCUCAGAGGACAAACAGAGUCUUGACCAGACCAAAGGAGCCCUGAGCUUUCCUCUCACUCACUUUUACACUGCUGAGUGUGUGUCUUAAUACAAUAAUUGUGUGUUACUUGUGUACUACAAAAGUGCACCCUUCAUAUGUGCACUGCAUAGUUUUACAACUCUGUAACUGUAAUGUGUGUAUGUCUGUGAGUGCACGCUUUUCCCAUCAUCUGUUCAAUCACCAGGGGUCGUCCAAGCCCAGGUCCCAGUGUUCUCAAAUUGACCGCUUGUUUGGAUUACUCUUGGACUUCAUGGAAACUAUCUUGAAGUGUUUUGACAACCUAACUGCAAAGCAGCCUGGUUGUGCAACCUCAGGCUGCACAACCAGGCCUAACCCAACAUGUUUAUAAAUCCCUAAUAAAUGAUAAUCACAUAUAUAUUCCUAUGGAUUCCCCCACAACACCUGACAGUAUUUGCCAAGUAAAUACUGUUAUUUCUUGGUUCAUUCUUGAGCUCGCCCCUCAUGUUAGACUGUCCCCAACAUUACUGGCUUUUGAAUCCCACCUGAAAACAUAUUUUCACUCCUUGGCUUUUAACCCAGCGUGAUAAUUCUGUGGUCUCUGUCUCUGUCUGUUCUUUUAUUGCAUUUUUAUUUGCUCUUACAGUGUUUUUAUUUUAUUUUAUUUAUUUAUUAUUUUAUUAUUUUUGAAGUGUUUUUAUGCGCUUUUUAUUAUGAUUCUUUUAUUUUAUUCUAUUUUAUUCUCUGACAGCGUUUUAUAUUCUGAGUGUUUUAACUUAUUUUACUGCACUGUGCAGCAAUUUGCUGAACUUGAUUGUAUUUUCUAAACGUGCUCUAUAAAUAAAGUCGAUUGGAUUGGAUUAAUUAAAUCUGACCUGUAGUGCCCACUCAUACAGUCUUAGUUUCACAGUAAAUAGUAACAUUGGACUUCAGGUGUAUUGCUCUGUAAAUAGGGAUUAAUCUGAAGGUGGUUUUAGGGCGCUAUUGUCCUGGCAGAUUAAGCGUGCGUCCUGUGUAGAAGCUAUGGUCCGCGCCACAGGGGUUGCUGCUUUCACUCUUAGCCAUGACCUUUUGCUGCAUGUCUUCUCUUGGCGUCAGUUGGCUUAUCAACAACUAAAAAGGCCCCAAAAUUCCUCUUAUCUGUAGUUGAUCUAAAGAGCAUCCCGGAGGGUUAGUGUUGAAAUUAUUUCUGUCUGCCACGCCCUUUGAGCUCUGAGAGGAGCACCACACAUCCUCAAGCUCUCCUCAGGCAGGACUCAUUAAAAGGAGGAGAGUCUAUUGCUCUGGUUGCCUUCUACCAUUCAGACCUUUCCCCUCCUUUGCUGUUAAAAACACCACCUCAGGAGUAAACACACAAUUGAAGCUCCAGCACUCAUUCACCGUAACAGUAGGGAUUAGUUUCAGGAUUUACUCACUGUAUUUCUUUGAAAAGAAAUGUGUUCUUGUGGUUUUAAUGAUUGUAGGCAUACUGCAAGAUUCUCUACCUGAAGCCUCGGAUGCAGAUAAUCAUUCGUGGUCAGAAGGUGAAAUCUGAGCUCAUCGCAAAGAGUCUGGCCUUCGUCGUAAAGGACAGCUACAAGCCGUUGUUCCUUGUAUCCUUUUAUCCUUUUAUCUGAACUUUUUUUUUUUUUUGUUUGAUCAAGUGUGCUUCAUUUGUAAAACUUUUUAUUCAACCAAAUUUUUUAUGUCUUUGUUUUUGAUAUUUUCCUUAAUGCUGUUGUAGAACCAUAAACCCAUUCCGAUCACUUUUGGCUAUAACACCAAAAGUAAGGACCAGUAUGGUGUCAUGAUGUACCACAAGAAUCGCCUCAUCAAAGCCUAUGAGCGAGUGGGCUGCCAGCACAAGGUGUGUUGAUCUAGAUCUUUUUAAUGGUUCCUACUUUCAUAACACAUAAGGAUAAAUUCACUCAUUUACGUGUCAAUGUAACGAGAAAAAAUAAAGAUUUCUUUAAUCAUAACUUUACUGUAACAUUGGAUAAGGUAAAAUGAUAUCCCUAUCAUUAGAAGAGAAGAUAAAUUCUGUUAACAUGAAUAUACGUAAUGCCACGGUUCCUCUAAGAAGAGAGUUCCUCGAGAGACAGAGCGAAGAGGGAGGCCUGGCCCACCAAAUUAUAUGCACUACUACUGGGCUGCUAAUAUACGUAAGCUGUUGUUUUGGAUGUUUGGAAAAUUUUCCUCAUUUUCCAAAUCAAAACUUGACAGGUAUGAUCAGAUGUAGACUGGAGAUGGGCAGUAGAACUAAUACACUCUUCUUCUGUGUGUGUUAGACACAGAUUGAUACAGUUUAAGGUGUUACACAAACUUCAUUUAUCAAGGGACAAACUGGUGAAAAUCUAUCAGGGGGCAGGGGGCUGAUCCAAGUCGUCCUGGAUGUUAACAGGUGCCAGCCAAAAUAUGUCACAUGUUCUGAGAUGGACCAAAAUUUUUAAAAAUUUUUCAUCCAUUUAUAACAAGGAUAUAGAGCCCUGUCCUCUGAACAAAGUAAACACAAUUAACAAAUGCUCAAAGGAGAGCAAAAGCUUUCUCUGCAUUGCUAGCCAGGAGGCUGAUCCUAUUUAAGUGUAUAAAGGCAACACCGCCAUGUCAAAAACAUUGGGUAGAGGAAGUGAUGACACGUUUUUAACUAGAGCAUCUUAGAUUUACUUUGCAGGGAAACACAAAGAGAUAUUCAAAGGUCUGACAGCCUUUUAUUUCUUUUUCUCUCCUCUUUAUUAUCAUCAUUAUCAUUGUUAUUGUCAUUUUUAUUCAUUUAUUUGUCUUUAACCUGAGAGUGUCUGGAGCACAUAGGUGAUGGGUAUGUCUACUGUCUGGUACUGGUAUGAUUGGUCUUGUUUCUGUUUUGUCUCUAAUUUAGACCUGUAUAUGUGAUGUAUGUUUGGAGUUCUACUGUUUUGUUCAGAACAGGUUACUACUUUCUAUUUAUUGUUUUUUUUCUACAGGCAAACAAAAUUGGCGUUGGUGUUAUUGGGAUCAUAGAGUGUGGUCUCUUCCUGGAACCUACUCACAACAAACAGAGCUUCAAUGAAACGGAUAAAUACAGGUGACAGCACCAAUGAUUUGGUCAGGUUUGAUCACAUGACUGAUUGAGAUCUAAAUGAUAUUCUGAUAUUCAGGGUGUUAAUGACCUACGCUGACAGUUUACAGUAGCAGCUCAAAUGUACUGGUCUCAACAUUUCUGGCCUUUGUAGCUUCUUAGCAGUAAAUUUAGUGAUCUAAACAGCUACUUUGAUAACAUGUCAUGCCAAACAUCAAUGCGAUAAGCUAUGACUUUUCUUUUUGAACUAGUUAGCUUGCCAAGAAGCCAACUGUCACAUUGUAUUUUUAAUUCUUUAAUUAGUUUCAGUGUUUGGUUUUCAUGAACUCAGAGGCUCCAGAAGAUUUUGUAUCUUAAUUUGAGUUUGGCUUAAAAGGUAACCAUCAGUAGAGAAGUUUGAAAAUCUUAAUGUCUUGCAGGAAAACCAUGAGCACUUUGGGGAUCAAACUGGAGGAGUACUGGCGGGAAAUCCGCCACAAAAGACAAACAGAGGAUCCAAGCAACAGUGUACCAAUCGAAGAUAGAAGGUCAGUGCAUUUUCAGUGACUGAUUUUUUCAUGUACUUUCGUCUUACCACAAAGACGUUGUUCAUUCUCUCUGACUCGUCUUAUUUUAUGUCUUCAGUAAGCGACCAGAUCAAAAUUGGGUGCAGUGCGAUGACUGUUCCCGCUGGCGUAAACUUCCUGAUGGGAUCAACCCUGACAAGCUGCCAGAUCAAUGGUUCUGCCAAUUGAACCCUGAUCCUCAGUUCAGGUAUUUGAGGCACUAACAUAAACCUGAACCAGCCAGUCAAGUUAUAGUUCUGCUCUGUAUUUAUAAAGCACCAACACUGAUCCCCAAAACACUGGAGCAUUAUAGAUAUAAAGUUCUUAAAAUAAAAAGAUGUAUUUGAAUGCUACACCCUUUAUUGACUCUGUGUUUCCAGGAGCUGCCAAGUGGAGGAGGAACCCGAGGACUCUGAUGAUGAUCAACCUACUUACCGCAAGACUUACAAACAACAGUGAGUUAUUUAAAAAACCUUUAAAACUCCAGAUUUUACCCCAAAAUGCAACGCAAAAAACUUUUUAAUGCAAUGAGAUUUUCAAAUUGUUUUUUAAAUGUUGUAACAAAUGUAUGUUUGAGUAGGGGGGAGCAGUGAUUCUACAACAUGCAGGAGAAAGCUGGUUAAAUGCUGAUAUGCUGUAUAAAUACAGUAUUAUUGUUAAUAAUGUUAGGUUUUUUAAGCGUUGUCCCUCUGUGUUUACGCGUGAGAAUGGGACUGGUCAUGGAGAAACGACCACUCCCUAUUUAAGAUGGCUUCUCUUGAACAAAAAACGGUUUGCCUGACGAAGGUCUAGUACCAGAACGUUGCAAAUAAAUGAUUGAUUGCAAGUUGGACAAUGUGCGGGAAUCCCUUUGCUAUAUUUUGGUCUUUUUUCUCCAAUGCACCUGCCUUGUUUUAUAGAUGUGUGAAGUGCUUCCUUUGUUCGAAAUUUUUAAAAUAGAAAUUAGUGCAAAGGCUCUGUUAGGCAACUAAGAGAGACAGGGUUCAGUUUUUGAGUCAUGUUGGACUGAUGAAUUUCCUUUUCUUCGGGGCAUGCUAACCCAAUAGGCUUUCUUUCCCAAUUACUCCACACUCACUCAUACACUGAUUGCAAAGCUGCUGUAUGAAGCACCCAUCAGUUUCAGCUAAUGUAUUCAUAAGCUGCUGGAUGUAGCCAGCAGGGCCGUUUGAGGUAAAGUGUCUUGCCAGUAGACACUUUGGUAUGUGAACAGCAGGAUCUGGGAUUGAACCUCAGACCAUCCAGUUUAGAGGGGAACAUCUCUAUCACUGAGCCACAGCUGACCAAUUACAAACAAUUUAAUGACCAAACCUUGAAAACAUUUAAUUUAUGUAAGAUUUUUCUGUUGAAACCUCUUUUGUAAAAUAAUUGAUUGUAUUGAUUUAAAUGACUUAGCUUGCCUGUUAUGUUUUUAUUUUUUCACAGCGAGAAGGUCCUCAAAAGUAACCAAGAAAGGAAAAGAAGAAAGGUAUGGACACAAUGUUUUUGAGUAGAUAAUCUGACAUUUUUUAUCUGUAAUCACAGUUUUUAUCUAAUACCACCACUAACACCCACUUCAAAUGAAAGAUUUUGUCCUGGUAGUAUUGAUGAAGUUAUUUUACAGUUUAUUACCAUAUAGACGUGAUAAUACUGUCUUUUGUAACCAUUUUUUUAAUCCAGGAGGUGGAGGAACAAAAGCGUCAAGAACAGCAGCGUUUGCUUGAACUUGCCCAGCAAAACCAGGCCCUCAAACAGCAGACAGAAAACUUGCAAAGGAAGCUGCAGCAACAGGAAACCGUAUGUAUACUGAAGGGGGGGUUAAACUAUAGCUGGAGAUAAUGGUCAGGUUUCCAAAAGUUUUCAUGUUAAUGACGGAGUGUGGAUAUGAUUUUGUAAUAUUAAUCUUUACGUAAAAAAUUUCUCUUUGUUUUUUUUAGAUAGCUCAUUCCCCAUCCAAGCCCCCAAAUUUGAGGAGAAGACUAAACGCUGGGUCACCUCAUGGAGCUGCUGCAACAGAUACAUCCCCUCUUGUAAGGUCCUCGACUGUCUCACAAGCUGGUAAGAAGACUACCCAAUUUGUGAGUGUGAGAAGAAGAGACUGGUGGAAACUUUCAGACUAAAAUAAGGGGUUUCCUUUCUCUUCAGCUUGCAGCUCCCCCGGUAACAGUGGCCUUCCAGUUAUUUUAAAUGUAUGCUCACUGUCGACUCCCCUUUUACGGUAUGACAAGAUUUUUGUUAUGCAUUUAUCAAUUGUCCUUCCUUUUGAAGCUAAUUUUCUGCCCUUUCUGUGCACUGCAGCAGCAAGAGGUCACAGCCUUCUACUCCACAAACAACACCAAAAAGACCAAAAACGAACGGUUUUCGCCACAGAACCCCAGAUACAUCCACAACGGCUGAUGUAUCUCCACAAAAUUCCCCAUCUGUGCCCCUACUUUCCAAUGAUGAUAGUGAUGAAACUGACGAUGAUAUCCUUAUAGUGGAGAAUGUCAGUACCCCCAAGCCUAAUAAGCAGGGGUUUGAUUUGGCCAAAGUUAAAGAAGAGCAAAAACAAAGGGAUGUGAAUGUCGGCAUGCUGUUGGAGUGCAGUGAUGACGCUGCUCUCGAUGAUGCCACAAAGACCAAUGAUGUUCGAACAAGCAGUGUAGCUGUUGGGCCUAACGCCCCUCCUGGUCUCUCAAGUGUCACAACUCAGACAGAUGUAGCUAAAGUGAAGACGGAAGCUGAGGCUUCAAAUCAAUUUGAAGAGGGUGAUGUAGCAAGCCCGAGCAUGUUAGAUAUAAAGGACGAGGAACAGAGUGAAGAUAUGCAAGUCGAUGUCUGUAAUAAAGAGACAAAUCGUCAAAAUAAUGCGAACGAUGCUGCUCUUUCCCGUGCAGACAUCUGCGCAGAAGAGGCGCAGAAACAGCAAGACCAGCUUGUAGAGCUCAUGCAAUCUACAGCUCAGGAGAGAGACCACUUUAAAGAGCAGGUCCAAAAACUUACCUGUCAGCUGAAAGACAUGCAGGGCAGACUGCAGGAACUGACCCAGACCUCUGUAAAGAAGGAGAGUUCCCACCAAGCUGUGCAGACGGUGGAAAAUGAGGAGGGAGACAGCUACAAAAAUCUGUUUGAGAAGGCCAAACAGAAAGUGGAUGAAUUGAUUAGGGAAAAAAAUAGUUUACUUGAAGCUCCUGAGACCAAGCCCAGUACUUCCCACAGUGAAGAAAGGGAUUUGGAUGAAAUAGCGCUGCAGGUCGACAGUCUGCUCAGGGAGCUGGAUCACAGAAACAAGGAGAGGGAUGAACUCCGCUCACAGGUCAGUAUCUUAGCUGUCUUUAUUCUGUAUAUUUCCUACAGACUACAAACCUCAGAAAAGACUGAAGUCUAGUUCUCAGCAAUUCAAAACUAUUGUUGAAACUGUAUCAUUCAUGUUUUUAUACAGUGGAGUAGUUUUCAAAAUAAUGUUACAAGAGCCCACGGUGUGUAGUUUGUGACUAUUUUUGCAGCAGAUCCAUUUACUUGUGAGUGCUGAUCUUUUGAAUUUAUAUUUUUGACACUCAUGUUCUCACCCAUCUAUUAUAUUCAUCCACUUCAGAAAAGCAAACUAGUUCUUUAGUGAAAAGUGGUUUGUAACUUUCUAAGCAACUUCUAUUUUUGUGCACUCUUAUACAUUCUCCAAUGCCAGCUGGUGCUGAUCUUUGUUACAUUUACUGACCCACCUGCCCCUCCUCUUUCACUGAUUUUCUACCUCCCUGGGGUUCACUGUUUUCGACACCAUCAGUUGGACAGCCUUGAGGGGGAAAGAGCAAACCUGGCCUCCCAGUGCGAGGAGCUCAGAAUUAGUCUGCAGCAGGAGAAGGAAAACGCACAACUGAGAGACAUACCUCCUCACCCAGCAACUGAUUCUUCUGCGCAAACAGAUGGAGAGGAGACAAAUUCAACACCAGAUGCAUACAAAAGGUUGGAUUAUUAGAAAACCAUUUUUCUUUUCACGUUAAAUAGAACAACACUGUCUUCCAUUGACAGAGAUCUCAGUAAUCUAACAGACCAACAAUUUAAAUCUAAUGUUUUUAUCUCCUCUCCCACAGUUUGAUUGAGCUCCGACACAACAUUGGGCGCCUUCUCCUCUCCUACGUACCUGCUCUGGACUUGGAACAAGUGAAUUAUGAGUGUAAUGUGAUAGAUGAAAUCUUAGAACAAGUAGUGUGUGAUGAGUCAGGGCCCAUUGCACAUGGGGAACUGAGUGAAAGAUCAAUAAAUACAUAGGCAGACAAAACCUAAGCCUUAAGGCUAUUGAUGUAAAUAUUUGAUUGAAAAUAGUGUAACAUGAUAAAGAGUGCAGUAUUACUUCAAUAAUGGGAGGCUGGGGCUUAUUCAUGGGUGUACAGUUUUUUUUAUCAUAACAAGUAAAGACAAUGUAGAAACUUUACAGCAACAUUUACCGAAAUCAUGCAGUAAAUUAUGCAGAUGAUUUACUUUGGUCUGCAGGAUUUUGGACUCUAUCGUGUUAAUAACCACUGCAUACACAAAUGUUUAAAAGUUUGUCUGGUCUAGUCGGAGUUUUUGGAGGUUUCAUCUACAACUAUAAAGAAAACUCGUGGUAAUAUAUAUCUGAUGAUUGUGCAUUGAGGUUGACACGCUGUCCUUUUCUAACUCUUCCUAACAGUAACUGACGGUUUCCUUUUGGGUUGCAUUCAUGCAUGUUUUAAAUAAAUCCUGCCAAAUAUAUUUUUCUAACUCUACCCCAGUGACUGUUGACUGAAUUCUUAUGCACCUUUUACAGGAAAAACAUAAAAUACAGCUUUCUUACAGUCAGAAUGAUAUAAAACAAAAUUAGAUAAAGGAAUUUCAGGAGCUUACCCUUUGAGGUCAUAAACAGGUUGGUCUGGUUGGGCAGUAAUAAAUAGACAGCCAGGGAAGAGCGCUGGUUUUGCAUGCUGUAGUCCUCCUGCGUACAAACAGUACUUCCUCUCUUGGUUCCUAGAUAAGUUUAUUUUCUUGUUUCUUUAAUAAUAAUUUUUGAGGAUUUUUUUCCAUGUGUAAUUAAUUGAAAGGGAAUUUUAAAAUAUGGGGAUCUAUGGCAGAUGAGCGAAAUGUGGUCCUGUGAUAUUUUUAUGACAACUGUGAUAUAGUUUUAUAUUAAUAUUUUAACAGCAUCAGGCAGUAGUUUAAGUCCUUUUUUGACUUGUCAUGCACCAGAAGGGUGCCCUGUCCACAUGGACUGACAAGACCCUGAGACAGACGCAACACUUCCUACCACCAGUGUGAAGCCAGGCUGCAAAACUGGGGGGCUGACUUUUGUAGUGUGGCCAGGCAAAGUAAACAUAAUUCCAACCUCAGUAUGAUUAUCCUCACUGAACAUAUCUGAGGAGCUGGAGCUGGACUCCCUGCUGGCUGUCUGAGGAGAGGAGGAUGCUGUCCAAGCUCCACUCCAUACUGGACAAUGUCUCCCACCCUCUCCAUAGUGAAAUGGUCCUGCAAAGGCGCACCUUCAACAGAAGGCUCCACGAUGAACCACGGAGCGCCGCAGGAAAUCUUUCCUGCUGGUGGUCAUUAAACGUUUUAACUUGUCCCUCGGAGACUCUGACUUCCUCAGUCAGUAGUCUUUAUCUGGGCUCUGCUCACUGUUUUGCAUACAUACAAUGAUACUACUUAUGUUUUAUAUAAUGUACAUACUUGUAUAAUAUCUCUUUACUUUUACUUAUGUUAUCUCUUUAUUUUUACUUAUUUUAUCCAUUAUUUAUUUCCUCUUUAUUCUGUAUUCGCACUGGAGUACUGUGACAAAGCAAUUUCCCCCUGGGGAUUAUUAGAGUAUUUCUGAUUCUGAUAUAAAAGACAUCUAAUAAAAUUUUAAAAUAAUAAUUAUGUAAUUUUCAUCUGUAAAAGGUCUCCCAACAGACUGUAAAAAUUAAAUCUGCUGAACUAUGUUGUUCAAGGACUCAUAAAUAAGGCGUUUGUCCAAAGUCACCAUUUAAAGUACUGAAAAUAGAAAAACAAUUUGUAUUUGAAUUAGUCUGCCUCUUAAUAUUCCAAUAUACAGUUUAUUUAGUCAGUCUAUUCUACAGCGUAUGGGUAAACAUUACAAACAUGGAUAAACAGAAUACAGUGAACGUAACAUCUGCAGUAGCAAGACAGCGGCAAGCAUUCUUACGUCACCUCCUCUUCCGGGUUUUCGACUAAUCACGCUGCGGCUGCUCGACGUGCUGUCUACGGAAGUUUUGGACGAAUCGUACGCGGGAAAAUACUCUUCGCCUCAGCAGCACAACCGAAAAGGUAAAAAGAUAUUUUACAACGAAAUGACCUCUCUCUUUUAAAUAUAAUGGGUUAGAAUAGGCACAUUUGUAGACAUGUUCUGGUAGGCUGCUCGCAGGUUUGUAGUUUGUACACGGUUAAAUGGCUCGGUCCCUUUUAUAUGUUAACUAAACUGCAUCAAACCUGCUAAGAUCACUGCUAGCUGUGUUAGCUGAUGAAAGUCUGUCAUUGUUGCUCACUUUCAAACGUCAGCUUGAAAUCGCCUUUAAAACUCAGUGAAUUUGUGUUUUUAUUUCCGUCCUGCUUCAGAUCUUUGAAAAUGAAGGUUGUAACAUGUGAGAUUGCAUGGCACAACAAAGAGCCGGUCUACAGUCUGGACUUUCAGCACAGCCCCGAGGGACGCAUUCACCGGCUGGCCACAGCAGGAGUGGACACCACAGUCAGGGUGAGUGAACACUGACAGCAAGGACAUAUCUAUGUACAGUCACUGUAACAAACACUGGACCCACACUGUAGUCUAUACGUACACAUACAUGUACUACAUGAAGAACACAACAGUAAUUUGUGAGGUUAUUGCGGUUAAGGCAAAGGUGCUGCAAAAGCAAGUGAUUUUCAACAGAGGAAGAACUGAAUAUAACAACCAUGCAUUUUUAACAGGCAAACAUUAAAGGGAUAUUCCGGCGUAAAAUUAAGUUAGCGUCAAACACACUGUAACACCAAGUUAGACACCCCCUUGAGAUGAAUGUUGCUGACUGCUUGCUUCUCUAGUUAUACUAACUUAAGGAACGACCGCACAAUAGCAGUACACAGUGGUCUGAGGAGCCAUAAACAAACCUCAACCAUAAAGCCACUCUAUAGCCACAAAUAAUGCUCAGAACAGCACCUAACUUCAUCAACAGUACAUGUUGGGUCCCAGCCAUAGUACUAGCCACCAAACAUCUUUUAGCUUUGCCUGAUUUAUUUAGCAAAGAGACUACACAACACAAACGCAACUCACCUACUCUCUUACAGCAGCCGCUUGUUUGUAGUGAGACCUCAGGCCAGUCCAUUACGAACUGCAGUGGGGUGACGCAGCUCAAGGAGGAACAUUUAUGAUCAUUUCUUCAAUUAUGAUCAUGGAAAUGCAAUCAGACCGAGACGCUAAGGCAGCAGAACUACCACGUCUGCAGUGCAAAAUGAUCAAUAUGAUGAUUACAACUUCAAGGAAAUGAUAAAGAAAUGAUCGUAAAUGUUCUUCCUUGAGCUGCAUCACCCCGCUGCAGUCCAUAAUGGACUGGCCCGAGGACUCGCUACAAAUAAGCGGCUGCUGGAAGAGGGUAGGUGAGUUGUGUUUAGUCUUUUUGCUAAAGAAAUUAGACAAAGUUAAAAAGAUGUUUGGUGUCUAGUGCUGUGGCUGGGACCCUAUAUGUACUGUUGAUGAAGUUAGGUGCUGUUCUGAGCAUUAUUUGUGGAUAUAGAGUGGCGUUUUGGUUGAAGUUUGUUUAUGGCUCCUCAGACCGCUGUGUAUUGCUAUCCUGCCGUUGUUACUAAAGUUAGCAUAACAGGAGAAGAAAGCGGUCGGCAACAUUCAUCUCUCGAGGGGGUGUCUAACUCAGUGUUACAGUGUGUUUGACCCUAAAUUAAUUUUACGCCGGAUUGUCCCUUUUAUUAAGUCCCUGAGGCUGUCAAAGGUGUCUCACCUACAGUAGUUCAUUGUCAGAUCUUUUGUCUCACAGUUCUACACUAAAACAGAUAAAUAUGCAUGGUAAAAGUCUCAGGUUGUAUAAUAAACAACCUUGUGUCUGUUGUUAAUACAGCUGUGGCGGGUAGACACAGGCCCAGAUGGGAAAGCUGUGGUGGAGUUUCUGUCCAAUCUGGCCAGACACACCAAGGCAGUGAACGUGGUGCGUUUCAGCCCGAAUGGAGAUCUGCUUGCUUCAGGAGGGGAUGGUAUGUCACACAAUGUACAGAUGUUAGAGGAAAUAUGUUAAGUAGUACUCGAGGGUAAUUGCUGUUUUCUAUUCCUGGACGUAGAUGCAGCAAUUCUGCUGUGGAAGCUCAACGACUCUAAGGAGCCUGAGCAGGCACCAAUUUUUCAGGAGGAUGAAGAUGAUGCACAGCUCAACAAGGAGAGCUGGUCUGUGGUAAAAACACUCAGGUAUGUAAGUCUGAAAAAAACUGAAUCUUUCUUUGAAUCUAUAGUGUCAAUUUGAACUGAAUUCAGUGAGCUGGGGCAAAUGUUUUGGCCAGCCAAUGCAAGGGCAUAUUACUGAUUGUUCUCUUGAGAUUAAACCUUUAAUUCUGCUGUAAUUUGUGCUGAAAAGUCCUUAAAAUCACAAACAAUAUAUUUUUUAAAAAUCUUUAAAUUACAGUUUGUCUAUCUUUUUGGAAUGGAACGUUUUUUUUUUUUAAGAGUGUGUUUGAAGAUCUUGUUUUGUCUGUUCACUGUCUGUUUGGUACAAAUUCUUCCAAACAGUGAAUGAUGAAAGAGAUUUUAUUUGAUUUGUCUUCAGGGGACACAUAGAAGACGUAUAUGACAUCUGCUGGACACGGGAUGGAAACUUCAUGGUGUCUGGGUCUGUGGACAAUACUGCUGUCAUGUGGGACAUCAACAAAGGUUUGCUUAAUCAGUUUUUGUGUUUCUUCUCCUGCUUUUGUGACAACUUGUUUUGGGGUUUUAUUCUCAAAGUUUGACUUUUGUGUGUGUACACAGGACAGAAGCUUUGUAUCUUGAAUGACCAUAAGAGCUAUGUGCAGGGGGUGACCUGGGAUCCUCUGGGCCAAUAUAUAGCCACUCUUAGCUGUGACAGGUAUGAAAACAGGGUUUCUGACCUCUUGUUUUAGACCCCUCUUGAAUUUCUGCCUGAACAGUCACCACUUGUUUGGUGAAGUGAAGUUGGUGAAGUUUGGUGUCAACAGCCUAAUGCUUACCUUGCUUUUGUUAAUGUCUCUUUAAGGGUGAUGCGUGUGUACAGUACUCACACCAAAAAGAAGGCCUUCUGUGUGAGUAAAAUGAGCUCUGGACCGCUUGCAGAGGGAGAGGUCAGUCAACAUUUUGCUUUGAUGAAACUGUACUCCAGAGUUUGUUCUCUGCCCUUUGUCUCACAGUGUGUAAAUCAGAAAAUCUUACAUCAUGUGAGAUCCAAGAUCCUCGACCAAUCUUAUUCUCACACGAAUAUCAAAACCUGCAUUUUUUUUCUAAUAUUACAUGAAAUCAACUUUCUUUUUGCUUUCUGCAUCCUGUACUCGUGUUGUUUGUGGCUGACUUAAACGGUUAUCAGUAUGACCUAUAUUUAUCUUUGCCUUCCCUUUAUUGAGAUCAUCUGAUUCUGAAAUUCCUGCCGUUAAAAAAAGCUGAAAUUCUUCAUUACUGUCUGUGUCAUUUCAGGUCAAACAAUACAGAAUGUUUCACGACGACAGCAUGAGGUCGUUUUUUCGCCGUCUUACCUUCUCUCCUGAUGGAUCUUUCCUGCUUGCUCCAGGUAACAUCCCUAAAAGUUAACUUUAACCUCCACCGAUUUGUUUUUUUCAUUUAUAGGUAUAUUUUUAACCUAUAAACUGGGAUCAUUCCUCAUGUUUUCCCUCUUUUGUCUCAGCUGGUUGCGUGGAGAUUGGAGAAAACAUUAUGAACACGACCUACAUCUUUUCCAGGAAGAGCCUAAAAAGGUAAAUGUUGUGAAAUUCCUGUUUUUGUUCAGGGUCUGUUUCCACUAUGUUAACUAUAAGGAUUUAUAUAAAACUCCCUGUCCUCCCUGUGCAUUUCAGGCCUAUUGCACAUUUGCCGUGUCCAUCGAAGGCUACACUGGCUGUGCGCUGCUGCCCUGUUUACUUUGAACUGAGGACCAAGAAAGGCGAAGGCAAGGACUCAAACCACAGAGACAAAUGAUAAUAAAGCCCUCAAUAAUUUGUCAUGUGCUCUUUGUUUUACUCGCAUGUCUUCUUACUCCCCCCUCAGAUGGCUCUAUUGAGGCUCUUCCGAAUGUAUUCCAGUUGCCGUAUCGUAUGGUGUUCGCUGUUGCAUCUGAGGACUCUAUCUGCCUGUAUGACACACAGCAAACCCUCCCUUUUGGCUUGGUGUCCAACAUCCACUACCACACACUCAGCGAUCUCACAUGGUAAAUUAUGACUCUCGAUUGUUGUCUUCUUUUGUGUUGAGUUUUUUUUAAACCUUCUAAAUAGUUGCAGCAAAAAAAAAAAAGAUUUUUGUAAAAUCAACUCAAUUUGUUAAAAACUUUUCAGAAAGCACCACAGAGCAGAAAUUAUAGUUAGACAUGAAUAUGCACCAAAGACUCAUGUAGAGUAAAAAAGUUGUUUAUUUUUCACGAUUGUUUUUCAGCUCGCAACACCUGGAGUUGAGUUGUUUUCGCACGUCUUGAGUUUUAUCUAUGAAUCAACUUAAACUUUCAGUGUUUAUUUAAUGAUGUCCUGAAAACUCUGUCACUACUUUCCAUGGAUGUAGCUAACUGAUAGGAAGAUGCUGUUCAUUUUUAACAUUUUUUAUCCUUCUCUUUCCUCUAUCUUGUGGAAAUACUCUUUAAAGUGUUGAAAAUAGUCACUUUUAUUUUUUAACAACUCUCCAUAUCAGUCAUGAGAAAUGUCUUUUGAACCGAUUCCUGAAGAAAAAUUAAACUCAUAUGAGAUCUCCGAUAGAGAGGGGAAUUUUCCAUUACAUUUGAGUUAAUCAGACUCUCAAGGUCUGAUGUUAAUUAUUGUAAAUGACAUCAUAAUGUUUAUUUGCUCAGGAUGGGAAACAUCUAUUUUAUAACCACAUACUUAAAGUUUGAAUCACACUAGAAACUUUUUCACAGGAUGAAUUUGUAGAUUUAUUUUUCUGUUUAUUUGUCUGUGAUGAUACAUAUAGACUUUAUUACAUCUAAUAAAAGAACAGCUGAUGCAGUGUAGAGAGAGGGCUCUGGUUCUUCAGACUCACUUUUAAACUUUUUUCCUUCUGUUUACUGACAUGUUUUUUAUUUUGUCCCCUCUAGGUCUCGUGAUGGUUCCUUCCUGGCUGUGUCCUCCACAGACGGUUAUUGCUCCUUCCUGACCUUCUCUCCUGGGGAGCUGGGCACUCCGCUGAAAGAGCCCCCCACCCUGGAGGUGUUUACCCCAAACACUGCUGGUGAGAAAAAAGGCAAGAAGUCCUCAACGGCCAAGACGUCAUCUCCUGUAACCCAGCCGCCAAGCUCAGCUCCAACUCCAACACCCCAACCUGGAGCAGGCAAAGACACCCCCUCUGCCACCCUUCCAGAGGAGAAGAAGAGCACCCCCAGCGCUAAGUCUAAACCUCAGCCUCGCAGAAUCACCCUCAACACGCUGGAGGGCUGGGGGAAGCCCUCUACCCCUAAAGCCACCGCUGCUCCGGCACCCCAGACCCCAACGUCUGCAAGCACAAGUGCACCGUCCACCCCUCAACAUCGUGUCGCUCCUCUUACUCCAACCAACUCCUCCAACACUCAGCAUCGCAUCACUCCACUCACUCCCUCGACCCCAAAAGUCCUGAAUAUUGCCAACGCUGCUGGGCCCCUUACUCCUAAAGGAGCAACAACCCCAAAGGGACCAACACCAAGGUAAUCAUCGCCUCAGAUUCUGACUCAGCAGCAGGUAAACAGAGAAUAACUUUUCGUAUUUAUGAAUGACAGGCAAGUAAAUCGGCAGGAGAAGUUCUGAAUCUGAUAGUGAGAGUGUGAGAGUGUGAGGAAAAAGAGAGGGUUUGAGCUCUUAUUUAUGAUGCUAUUAUAAAGUAACACUAUAUUUAGAGACUAUAUUUAAGAUUUUAUUUAAAGUUAAAAUUAAAGUUAAAGAUUUUUCUUAGUUGUAUUACCUACAAGUUUUCUCUCUGUGGAUGUUUUUUCAUAAAUCAUAAGAAUAUUAUUUAACUCCUCAGCAAACACAUUUAGGUGAGAUCUCUCAUUCAGAGCAGUGAUGAAGUAGAGAUGAUGAAGAGCAGAUAAGGGAUCUUCAAGUAAUGCAGCAGUGUGCAAGAAAAUGACCAGAGAAAAUUCACAGAUUUACACAAAUGUGGAUAAAUAAAAUUACAUAAAUACAAUAAGAAUAUUUUGAAGAUUCAAAUGUUUUGUUCUAUGAUUGUCACAGAAGGAGACAUGAUUUCAUAUGAAUAAAUUGACAUGUAUGUAGAGUAUCUGAUCACUGUGAGCCUUGGCCACUCCAAGUUUGUGUGAUUUAGUUGGGGGCUCUAUUAUCUACACAUAAACUUGAGGGGUUUCUAAUAAAAUCCUGGAUUUUUCAGUCAACACUUCUGAAAGGAUGAACAUAGUCAUGCAUCAUUAACAAUCAAAUUAAUUUUAGUCUCGGGCUUGUUUUUUUUAACCUUUAAAUUCACUCUGAGAAAACCAUGAUCAGAUGUUGUUUUUGCAGUGUAAUGAAUGAUACUUCACACAGACUACAUCGAUUAUAAUGUAAAGAAACAUUUGAACUACUCAGAUGAAUUUUUGGAUUUCCCUCUGGGAUUAAUAAAGUAUCUAUCUAUCUAUCUAUCUAACUAACUAUGUAUGUGGCUCAAGUCCUACUGAGGAAGCAGAUACACAAAGAAAAGCCCCCUCCCUCCCUUCCUCCUUCCCUCUAAUGAUUAAACUAAGCUGGUAAUCUCUGAGGAUGCUGCUUACAGGAAGAGUACUGAGAGAGAGAAGUGUCUUUAAAAAUGUGUAGGAGAACGUUUUGGAUCAAAUUUGAAUAUCUGUCUGAAAGUCAGGACUAACACACCAAGCUGUAAUGAGGUUGUGAUUUUGGUUGUGGGCCGUGUUGUGCUCAGUUCUAGGAGUGGGAACAAAGCCCUGUCUGGUACGAGGGAUUCGUUGGACCCCCCACUGACUAUAAAAUAAUAAUCACUCUGGCAGACUGCGCUGAGACAAUGGCAGCCUUUUUGCAUGCUUCUGUUUUUACUUGUAUGUGUAUUUUAGUGUAUUUUCUUUGGCUUGUCUUGUUUAGCUAAGGAAAUGUUUGAGUGGAGGACCAAAAAAUGAGGAAUGAACUGGAACAGCGAUCACUCUUCACCGUUCUGCAGUUUGUUUUCUGUUGAUCAAUUGCUCGAACCCUCGCAUAAUUUGUGCUUUCUGUUUUUUUUUUUCAUACAGGAGAGUAUCUUUGACCCCUAUUGCUUCCAGAUCUCCAGCAGCCGGCUCACUCUUCCGUACUCCUUCGUCCACUGAGAAGGCGAAACACGGUUAGUGAGAAGCAUGUAGGCUGGCCUCUGAUGUUCUUUAUGCUCCAUGUUUCACAAACAUGGACAAAAUGGCUGGAAGACCCUUCUUAGACAUAUUUGUUCACAGAAUUUGAUCUUGGUUAUAGAUGGGGCUAAAAAUUCAGUCUUUUCCUUCCUGAUGCUGAGUCAGAUAAAUCAAUUCAGUUUAUCUAACGGUUCAAUAAUAGUGCUUGAUGCUCGAAAUCAGUUUUCCUAACAGCUUUAGACUCUUAGUAAGGCCAUAUAAUGAGGUAAACAGUCAUUCAAAUCAGUGUAUCUUGUGAUGAGCUCCAUUUAUUGCAUUUGUGUAGUCUCCCUGUUAUGUCUACAAGUUUGGUUAUGGCAUCAUUGUUUGCACUGAGGUCCUAUAGACCAGGGCGGACGGCGUUUUUGCCAGCCAGUUAGAUGUUGACACAAACCGUUCACCAAAAUGUUGGAGGAAUGUCAAAAAGGUCCAAAUUAAACCCAACAGUUUUAGCGGCCUCAGUGUCAGCGUCUUCAUUACAACAAUAAGUGUUUUAUGUUAAUAACCACAUUAUUUAUCUGUAGCAUGAGUGGUGAUUGUGUCCCAUUUCCCUGUCACUGAUUUCCUUUCCUUCCUUUCUUUGUAUUUCAUCAGAACGUCCAUCUCCACCCACUGAUCCAGUCUGCCAGCCUCCAGAGUCUAAAAGGCCAAAGACCAGUGAGCCCCCGGCAAAGACCAGUGCCACCAAAGCUUAAUGUUAACUGGCAUGAGUGUGUUGUUAUGACAUUAGAACAAAAAGAAGAUUAAAGGCAGAAGAUAAGCUUGAGAAGCUUCAGGAGCAUUUUAAGCCUUGUGUUCGGGCUGAUAUAACGUUUUCUUUAACCUGAAAUAUUGAGUGAAUUCCCUUUUUAGUCAUUUGUGUUUUGUAUUAUACAGUAGACAAAGUAAUUGUGUUACAUUUUGAUGUGUGUGGCAUUUAUAAGUGCUGUUGUAAAAAGGCAUUUUUGUCUCAUGGCUUAUCAAAAACAUGCGAUUGUACAAGUGAAACUGCAUUAAAAAAAGAUAUAAACAACGUUUAAAA